AUGGCAAUUAUUUCCCCCGAAACACCGCCACCGAGUGUUCAACCAAAUAUCGCCGACCAUUCUUCCGAUGGCUACAUUAUGUACAUCGUGGGAGGUAUUUUGAUGGUGAUAAUGUACACCACAGUCGGUCUCGCUUUAUAUGCGAAGCUCACUAUCCGAAAACGAAUAGCAUCAUAUGAUUCUGUGAAGUUGGGGAAAUACGGUACUCACAUGUACGAUAUGUCAGCAGCUCAAAACCCGGACGAAGGCUUUAUAAUAACCUAUUUUGCCAACUGGAUGACCGCGUUAGUUUGGCCAUUCGCCAAGUCAUCUUUCUUCCUUAUGUAUCUCGAAAUGUUCCGCACAAUUACAUGGCAGCGCUAUGCGAUCUACUUCGGCCUCUUCGUGAACUGGGCGUUUUAUGCUGCCAUCCUCGUCACAAUUCUCUCUUAUACCACACCCGCCCCUGGCCAAACCUGGGCGCAGGAGUUUUCAUCCUUGCAUUAUGACAGAACACUCAACUGGGCCAUUCCAAUAUCAUCCGGUAACCUUAUCAUUGACCUUUACAUUCUGGUUCUGCCCAUGGCCCCGAUUUGGAAUCUACAAAUGAGAAUCAAGAAACGACUUGGUGUCAUGGUUAUAUUUGCUACCGGCUUGUUGGCCUGUAUCGCUUCCUCACUCAGAAUAUACUUGAAAACGGAUCUAAUUCACCACGAAGAGGAUAUCAGCUAUUACGAGUUUCCUGUACUGGUUAUGGGCUUGGUGGAGAUGUGUCUAGGUAUAUCGGCGAGCUCGAUGCCAUCGUUGGUGCUACUCAUCCGCCACAACGGCAGCGGUUUGAUUCGGGUUUUGAGCAGAAUUACCUCGCGCACACCCUUCUACAAAAGCCAAAGGGAGGAGUUUUCUGACCAAAAUGACUUCAGCGGGGAUUCGGACCGCUUUCCCUUGGAAAAUAUUUUGCCUGCCGUCUCAAAGAGACCAUCCCCAAUGGUGAAGAUUGAUGACAGGCACAAUCGUCGUCAGGACCAGUCCGUACGGACCUACAUUGAAGCGGACUGCAUUGCUAAACAGGUCACCCGAGAUCAGAUCCAUAUGAAUUAUGGAUUUGAUGUAGAGUACGAGGACCAAGCGUAUGCAGGCUCGAAGCGUGCAACACAGCUCACGGCCGAUACGCUCCGACUGGAGCUGGUCCCCUUCAAUGCCAAGGCCAGAUCUGAUACGACCUGCACUUUGGGCCAGACGUGCUUUGGAGAUUUCAGAUUGCCAGAGAGCUCGCUAGAUAGGCCAAUCGAAGAAACGAUCGCGGCCCGGGCGCAGGGCGUUGAUGGAAUCGAGCGAAUACUGUUUAUGGAUCAUAGCGCGGAGGUGGUUGCCCAGAUCUGGAAGGGCGCGACGGGCCGCCUCUGGUGUGGAGCCAAUACCGCGAGUACGAAGGUAAACAUGAGCGGCCAACUGAUUCUAAUGGAAUGA